AUGACUCUUUUCUGUGUGCUGGGCCAGACGAAUUCGUUUGGGGUAUUCCAGGAACUCUAUACUCGCUCCCAUACCGCUUCUGCGUCCAAGAAUAGCUGGAUCGGCUCUUUCCAGCUUUUCUUGACAGUGGCGACAGGCCUCCCAGCUGGAAAGUUGCUUGACAUGGGAUACUUCAAACCCGUUUUUCUCGCGGGCUCCGUUCUCUACGUCUUUUCUUGUUUCAUGCUCUCCCUUGUCCAUCUCGACCGGUAUUAUCAGAUGUUUCUCUGCCAAAGCAUUGGGAUGGGGAUCGGAGGCGGACUGCUCUAUCUCCCUGCCGUUGCGAUCCAAGCUCAUCAUUGGAAGGAUCAUAGGGCUUUUGCGAUCGGUGUCGUCUUCUCGGGAGCGUCCGCGGGCGGGAUAGCUUUUCCCAUCAUGCUCAAUCGGUUGUUUCACGGCUCCGUUGGGUUUGCUUGGGGCGUUCGUGCCAGCGCAUUCCUCAUUCUCGGCUUGCUGAGUAUAGCAAACUUGGUGAUGAGCCCGGGGAACACUGCGCCAAACAAAGUAUCACCGACUACCCCGCCUCAUCAAGGGAUGCAGAGAAUCCUCAGAGAUAUGCCCUAUGUGCUCGUCGUUUUGGGGGUGUUCUGUAUUAAUUGGGGCCUCUUUUUUCCCAUCUUCUAUCUUCAACUCUUCGCCACUGUUCACGGCGUGGCAUAUUCCGUGGCAUUCUACACCCAAGCCAUGUCGAAUGCGUCCUCUAUUGUAGGCCGUGCUGUCUGUGGAUUCUUGGCGGAUGCCGUGGGGCCGUUCAAUGUUUUCACUCCCGCCUGUCUCGGAGUCGCAGUGCUCUUGUUCGGCAUGCUUGGGAUCAAGACUACCCCCGCCAUCAUCGCUUUCGCCGUUUUGUAUGGUUUUUGUACGGGUGCAUACCUGGCGCUGCUCGCACCGAUCGUAGCCUCGAUGACGGAAGAUAAGGCUGAAAUAGGUCAGCGAAUAGGAUUCGCAUUUUUCGUGACGGCUUUCGGGUCGCUUCUCGGGACUCCAGUGCAGGGCGCGCUCCUUGGAGAACGGUUUGAAUGGGAUCGAGCGAUGAUCUUCAGUGGGGUGAUGUCCUCCAUUGGCACCUGCUUGGUCGCAAUCGCUGGCUUCAUUUUCUCGAGGAGGCGCACUCAACUCGUUUAG